AUGUUUCUUGUUGAAUCAAUUGUUCGUAGUUAUUUAACUCAUUUUCGUUCAAUUUAUUCUUCUCAACAUUAUUCAACAUGUUCAUCUUUAAUUGAUUUAUUUAUUUAUAUUGAAUAUCAUUUAUUAAAAUCUUUAGAAAAAGAUUUAUGUAAUCGAAUGGAAUAUUUAUUAGAAGUUGUUGCUGCUAUUGAUAUUCCUUUGUCAAAUACAAAUUCAUUUAUUCGUUCAAUUUUAUAUGAUUCGAAUUCUAGGAUUCAAAAUUUUGCAGCAAAUUAUAAUUUAACUUUGAAAAAUCUUAGUGAAAUGAAAUCAAAUAAUAUUAAUUUGAGAUUUAUUCGAAGACGAAAAUAA